AUGACAACUACUCAAACCUUCACCCUUAACCAUCAACAGCUUGGCAGUCUCACUGGCCGCCUAAUCGAUCACCAACAUGCUGACGGACAGCCUGUGACUGAGCAUGUCGUGCAUUUCCGUUCGGUUCCCUAUGCCACCAUCCCAGCUCGUUUCAGCCAGAGCGUGCUGCUGGAUCACAUCCCAGAUCACUUUGAUAAUCGUCCUCAUGGCGACUUUACAAAGUAUGGUGCUGCCUGUCCACAGGUACCACAGCCUACAGGCAGAGGUAGUGCGACAGGAGGACUUGUGCCUGGCGAGGAACCAGUCACAUAUGAUGAGCAGACCUGUCUCAACUUGACCAUCUCUGCACCUGUUAAGAAUCUCCUCGACGAGACUGACCCAUCACUGCCCAAAAGGCCCCUUCCAGUCCUGGUAUACGUGCAUGGCGGUGGCUUCAUCGAAGGCAAAGGCCAUGUCAGUGCCCUCCAUGACACGACGAAGAUGACCGAGCUAGCAGCACACGAGUCCAUGGAUGUGGUGAUCGUCUCGAUAGGAUACCGGUUAAGCUGGCAGGGUUUUACUGCUUGCUACGACCUACUCGAGGAGGCCAGGGAGAAUGGCGAGCCUGCAUUUAACUAUGGGCUGCGAGAUCAACGCACCAGCUUCCUCUGGAUCAAAAAGCAUAUCGCAGGGUUUGGCGGUGACCUAGACAAAAUCACUGCCUUUGGCGAAUCGGCUGGAGCAGCCUCACUCUUCAUGCACGCCUGUUCGGACGUGCCUUUAUUCAACCGAGUCAUCAUCCAGAGUGGCUCACCCAGCGUCGUAGGUAUCUGGACCCUUGAUGAGUGUGAUGCAUACUAUCACCGUUUAUUAUCUUAUCUGGGCAUCGCAGGAGAGACGCGUGCAGAGCGUCUCAAAGCCCUCCGAGAGGUUCCAGUGUCGCGCUUGGUUGACUUUAUUCGGGACAAUAAUAUCAGCACUAUGAAGCCCUACCUCGGCCCAGAGAGUGAAUUCUUCUCUCAGCAACCCUUCUGGAUGAAUCAAGGCGAGAUCCUUGCUAACUGUCCAUGGAUCGAUGAGAUCAUGAUCGGAGACGACUCGUGUGAGGGAUUUGGACUCCUACUGGGGCUGAGCGAGAUCUCUGCUAGCCCGUAUAUUGCUCAAGUUCGCACGAUCCUGGGUGACGAGUCUGCUGCUCGUGUGCUCGACGCAUACGAAAUAUACGAGGGGAUGGACGAAGGCCUCUUCUGGCAGAAUGCGAUAAUUCUAAUGGGAGACUUGAUCCUAUCUGAGCCGACACACUCAACUGCCGUCUCGGUGGCUCGGAGUGGUCGAAAGCGUUUGUAUCGCUGGCAGUUUGGCCUACCAAACCCUUUCCAUGGGUCACCUUUCUCCUAUACGACAGGACAUCAUUUUGUCGAACUCAUGUACCAGUUUAUGACACUCGCGGGGCGUCUCCCCACGCACCGAAACCAUUUCCUGCGGCGUCAAGGGGAGGAGAUGGCGCGUAGUUGGAUUCGGUUUGCUAAUGGACUUCCGCCGAUGCCCGGUGCGAAGCCAUAUGAUCUGGAAGAUGGGAGUAUCAUGAUCUGUGAUAUACUUCACGGGUGGACAGUGCGCACAAGAGCGGAGGAUGAAGCGAUCAGCCAGAAUGAUCCGUGGGGUCCCCGGCGGUACCGCCAGUGGGAAGUUCUGAGUGAGGAAUUCAAAAGAGCCGGUAGAACAGAGGAUUGGGAUAGAUCAGAGAAUGAAAAGAUUGAGGCAGCAAGAAAUGGGUUGCUAGUAUUUGAUAUACAGCAGAUGCGUGGAGACUAG